GGGUAUCAAUCGAGGCUUAGCUUGGCUGUAACGCCACCGCUGUUGUUCACGAAUCAGACUCUCCUUCACUUGUGAACUGCAACCAACCUUUGCCUUCCCCCCUCCCUCCCUCUCUCUCCCUACUCCUUCUCUUGGGAUUCAACCCCACCACCAACUGCCAAGUCACAAAGCCUAGCGGACUUCCUAUACAUACGGCGGAAACAAUCCAGUAAAACGAUUAAAUGUCUCAGUCCGACAGUCUCGGUUUGCCUCAGGUCGCCGCCUGUCUCCUGGUAGGAUACUUUGUUUUCAGAUGGUUCUUCAAAUCUUCGGAUCCUAGCAGCGUUUCGCCAGCUCGAUCGCCAGUCGUCGACCAGCGAAGAUUACAAGAGCAGUCCCUUCUCUUGACGGGAAUGUUCCCCCAAGUGUCUAUAGCCGCCGCACAAGCCGAGCUCAUACGGAAUGGUGGGAACAUUGAGAUCGCGACGGAGAAGAUUCUAGCAGCUGGAGGACUUCCCGAGGUAAUUGGAUUCUUUUGGAGGAUGCUUUGUUGGGUAGAAGCUAACUUUGGUGCUUUUGUCAGCCUCCAGCACCGGCCCCUACUCCUUUAGAUUCCUCCGCCACCAGGCCUGCGCCUGCGGCUACUACACAUCGUGCAGCUGCCCACAACGCCUUGGGAGCUUCGUCUUCUCGGGUUGGGGGUUACCAAGAUUUAAUGACCAGGUACAACCUCCAUGGCCGCCUUCACGAAGGGGAUGCCUCUUCUUCAUCCACCCUGUCAGGGAAGGGUAAAUCUCCCCAAACCAGAUCAGACAGACAACUGGCACAUCAGAAGAAGCGGGAUGAAAUGAUCUUAGCAGCUCGCCGUAGGAUGGAGGAGAUGGAUCGAAAGCAAGCUGCUACGAAGGGGCAAACAUAAUCAUAAAGAAGCUUCAAUUUUAUCUCCUGUUAGAGUUGUCUGAGCGACAGCCGUCUUCCCCCCUUUUCCUUCGCCUUUUCAUUACUAUUCUUUUCUCUUUGACUUGUUGCUAGGCGCGAGAUUCUUUUAUUUGGGCACUAGGUUUGGGGGUUUUCCUGUCAAUAUCAUCCUCGUAUGAGAGCAUCUCUGUCUGGCCAUCGUCACGCUGUUGUUACCGCACUGUAUUACCAAUAAACUGGCCUGACUGCGGUUCGUUCUGUGCUUGUGUUAUCAUACCGGUGUUUAGUUUUCCCGUAAAAAAAAAAAAAGGAAAAUUCCAUAUUACUUUUUCUACAGAAGCCUAACCAUGAUCCACUCCCUUUCAUUCACUCAUCCGCCCUGUUUUUCAUUGGAUAAUAAUAUUAUGAUGGAGAGUUUCUGAUGAUUCUCUGCGUCCUCAUAUUACAGCAUGAGCCUGAUAAAUUACACCGCAAUUUGGAAGCUGGAGAGUCGCAGACCGCCCCACAUCUCAUCAUGUCCAACCGCCGGGUAACAAAACCUUAAUUCGACCUCAAUUCCCAGCUUUAAGCUCCUAGAAUCUACUUGUUCCGCCUUCCCUCGUUCACUCCCCGUCGGUACCGUGCACACCCCCCGCUACAUACGCACGAAGUAUUUCCUUUCUAAAACAGAAAACCCUAUCGCCCUCCAUAAACGACCCCAGCUCACCUUGCUGCACCAAUCCUGGUCCUGCGCUCCUAAAACCUGACUUGGCCAUUCUAUCUCGCUGUCCCAACCGAUAACGUUCCAUCAUACCGGAUCACAAAAUGGACGCAACUACACCUACAAGCCGUCCGACCUCAAGCUCAAACACGCACACACCAACCGCUGGGAAAUCAACCGGAGCUUCAACAGCCACGAAAACGACCGCUAAACCAGCCGCUCCCCGAGGGCCUCCGGUGGUACCCCGCAUCGAUGAGAAGCCUCUCUAUGAAACCCUCAAGACUCAAGUCGGCUUGGAAAAUUGGCUAAUAUACAAAGAAGCUCUUGGCGGCUUUUUAACCGGUUUGUUUUCCCCCUGUACACUGACCAAACUGCGCUUGAGGGCGCACGGCGGGGUAUGGCGACGGUAAUGAGAAUGAUAACUUACGUAUAUGCCCUACGUUUGCCAGGCCGCCUCAACCGUGAGGAGUUGACCUCGCGCAUCGCAAGCUUCAUCAAAGGACCCACCAUACGGAUGCACAACCAACUGUUGUUAGCCAUGUACGGAAAUUCGUCAAGGGACAUGCCGCCGACGGAUGUUGCAGCCUGGGUGUCUGCUACUGAUAAGCCAAGCGCGCCUUCAAAGAUGCCGGCUGGGGACGUCAAUGAGAAGAGGCUGAAGAAGGAGGUUAUGGCGAUUUCGGCGAGAGAGAGGAGGAAGAUCAAGGAGGUCCCUAUGCCGGUUUGUUUCUACCCCACUUCUGGGUGUUCAUGGGGUGAUUAUUGAGGAUAAGCAGCUGGGAGAUGUCGAAGAUAUGCUCGGCAGUAUGCUGCAGGAUUAUCAUCUCGCAAAGCAGGUCAAGAUCCCCGAAGCUCCUCCCCCGAUGAGUGCUGGCCUUAAGACAAGUACCCCUCACCCUCUUCUUAUCCUUUCUUACCACUGGCUGACAUCUCUCCCUCCGAAGACUGGGAGUCUGAGAUCAAAAACCGCUACGCAAUGGCCCUCUCCAGCGAAUCGGGCGAAUUCCCAGACGUCGAGAACAUCCGCCAACGCAUGCUCCCAAUCUGCUACGAAGAAGGUGUUCCUGGUGGCUGCACCCCCGAAGCCGCAAACUUCAUGAACGUGGCAGCAGAGACUUUCGUCAAGGAAGUCCUCUCAACGAUCAUAUCCCGCGUCCGCUCUAACGGCCCCAACUACAUCCAAACCGACAAGUACCGCAAGCUCCACCCGAAGGGUCACUGGACCCCCCCAAACGAACGCUCGCUAUUAAGCAUGCACGAUGUCAGACUGAGCCUCACCCUUGGCGACAACCUACUCGCACAACUGCCUCUGAGCCAGAAGAGGAUUAUGGCCGGGGGCUGGUUCGAGAGGGAUUACGAGGUUGAGAGUGAGAUCAUCUUUCCCGAUGAGGUGGACGCAGGCGACUGGGAGGGCGCCGCCCUCGAGGAUCGGAAGCAGUUGAAGGGAUUGCUGGAUGAGUGUUUGGCUAUUGGGGCAUAGAAGGGUCGAUUCAUGCUAAACUUUCUAGUUGACCUAGCCGGGGCAUCUGUAUAGUUUUUUUCUUCUUUUCUUUUUCUCCCCUCUCUAUUCUCCAUUACGAUUCUCUCUCUUAAAAGGCGUUUUUUUUUUUGGGGGGGGGGGGGUAUUGGUGGAUGGGAGUUUGAUUUUCGGGGGUUUUUUUUUCAUCAAGUUAUCUUGUUUUAUAAUAUUGCCUUGAUGACGCGUGAAGUGUAUGAAUGGGUAAAAAGGAACUGUCGCUCCCACCUCGGGCGAGGGGAGGUCUCUGAGGAAGACAGUAGAGCAGGAAGUUGUACAAUUCCACCACAGUUUGGAGCUUAUCCAUCGCAGUUUAGUUAUGUCCCCGGCACGCUCGUACAGUACUGUAUGAUACUUCCUGGGUCUCGCAUUCAGUGAUGUAGUAAUUAAGAGACAACUUUAUCAGCUUUUAUAACAUUACUCCCCAAAGGUAAGAUUUACCAGUCCU